AUGUCGUCCAUCGUAAUUUCGGCACUAGCAAUUAAGGAUUAUCGUCCCCCGGAUACCGAUGACAACGGGGUCACUCUAUUCCGAGAAAGGGACCAAAUUGGCUUCUUCAUCUUUAGCUCCGUCCUGCAAGAUUCUUCAAUGGUGCCAAGCUCUCGAUUGACGACUGCAAUGACUGUAUUACUGAGCUGGCAAUCCGACUUCCCCGAGGACAAGAUCAUCGUGUUUAUCGAAAACGUCAUUACGGCCAAAGUGCUCGGGAGUAUGCUCAAGCAUGCCCAGAUCGGGUUCGUGUACUAUUUCGGACACAUGAAUUGCAAGAACAAGACCAGAGCUAUUCAGGCCUUCAACAAUUCUGCAAGCACAAAGGUUUUUCUCGCGGGCAUCAAGUCCGGCGGACAAUCACUCAAUCUUACCUGCGCCAAUCGAAUCAUCAUCGUCGACCCCUGGUGGAACACAACGACUGAGCUUCAGGCGGCAGGUCGCACCAGCCGCAUCGGACAGACGAAGAAAUGCUACGUCGUCCGCAUUUUCACAUCAGCAGCGACGGAUGCCCGGGUUUCCGCGCUCCAGAAGGUGAAGAGCGAGGAGGUAGACCAUGCCCUGCAGGACGAUGGCCACACGCCAAAGUUGCUAAACUACAAGGAUAGCAUGGAGCUCUUCGAAAAGACUCGAGGGGAUACGGAGUAG